CACACACACACACACACAGCAAGCAGAUCAGAGCUGUGCUGCACUGGCUUUGCAGGAAACGGCGAGCGUGGGUGCCGUGGCUGCUGGUGACAGUCAGAAGUGGAGGCGGGCUGCACUUCCGGUGGGCUUGCGCGCGGCUGUCGUCACCGCCGGUGGGGCGCCGCCCCUCCCUUUGCCCCCGCCCUCCCGGGAAAGCCAGGCUCUAAUCCCUGGGUCAUGUGUCAAUCAAACCAGCAGCAACAGCAGCAGCCGGCGGCGCUGAAGGGAGGGAAAUGGUGAGAUGUCGUAAAUCUUUGCAUAAUACUGCCACUACAUGUUACAACCUGCACAGAGUUAAAAUUCAUGUCCGGAGACCCCGUUGCACCGAUGCAAGCCAGGCAGAGCUCCGAGAAGCCGACGGCUCGGUGGUGUCUAGUGGUGCUGCUGGCUCUAGCAGGCGAGCACGCUUCAGGUUACAUUUUCCCCAGCUGGCUUUGCGACGCAGGCUAGGCCAGCUGAGCUGUAUGUCCAAGCCUGCACUCAAGCUCCGCACAUGGCCUCUGUCUUUUCUCUAUUUCUUCCUGCCAUUUAGUGUCCUUAAGCCUCUUACUAAAGUAGGAUGGCGACCAACAAGCAGGGUUGGCCUGUAUAAAACUAUUCCCACACGGUUGCUAUCUCGUGCGUGGGGUAGACUGAAUCAGGUGGAGCUUCCUACCUGGAUGCGGAAGCCUGUGUAUAAUUUGUACAUAUGGACGUUUGGGGUUAAUAUGAAGGAAGCAGCAGUGGAAGAUUUACAACAUUACAGAAAUCUCAGUGAAUUUUUCCGCAGAAAGCUAAAACCCCAGGCGCGCCCUGUCAGUGACUCUCACUGUGUGAUCAGCCCUUCUGAUGGAAAGAUCUUGCAUUUUGGAAGAGUAAAGAAUUGUGAGGUGGAACAAGUGAAGGGUGUGACUUACUCACUGGAGAAUUUCCUGGGCCCUCAGACCUGGUCAGAGAAUCUGGAGAUUAGCGACAAUAAAAGUGAGUCAAGUUUUCAGGACCAUCUGGUGACGAGGGAAGGCAAUGAUCUUUACCACUGUGUUAUUUAUCUGGCACCAGGAGACUAUCACUGUUUUCAUUCACCUGCUGAUUGGCGAGUUGCGCACAGGCGCCAUUUUCCAGGCUCCCUUAUGUCGGUUAAUCCUGGUGUAGCUCGUUGGAUUAAGGAGCUGUUCUGUCACAAUGAACGUGUGGUCCUGGCUGGAGAGUGGAUACACGGCUUCUUCUCACUCACUGCUGUCGGUGCCACAAAUGUUGGAUCGAUUCGCAUUUAUUUUGACAGUGACCUGCAUACCAACAGUCCCCGCUACAUGAAGGGCUCUUACAAUGACUUCAGUUUUGCUGCAAACAACAACAAAGGGAUUAACAUGAGGAAGGGUGAGCACCUCGGAGAGUUUAACCUGGGCUCCACCAUCGUUCUCAUCUUCGAGGCACCAAAAGACUUUACCUUUAACCUUAAACCUGGACAGAAGAUCAGGUUUGGUGAGGCCCUGGGCUCCAUAUAAUACAAUUCCCAUCGAUGACAUCUCAAAUUGGAUUGGAGCACUGAGGAGUGAGGUUGGACUAAAGAAUGGUGCAAAAUGGCCAUAACUGAAAUGCGGUUUUAAUUCUCGCUCCUCCUCCUCCUCUCAUCAUUACUGCAGAAGCAUCUCUCAUUGCCUCCAUCUGAGGGACCAGCUCGACCAUAAUGGAUUCUCCUGAAAGGUGUACUGACCCAACUCAAUAGAACUUUCGGAGCGUACGCAGUGCCGUAAUCUCUCUGUGCAAGGGGAGAACCUGGCAGGUGACCAGGAUUAAUGGGACUUUGAAAGAUGGGCUGAGUUUGAGGGCCCUGGUCUCUUUGGCAGUGGCAGGGAAUUCUGAUCUGCAUUCUUGUGCAGGAACUGGGGAUGCGCGAGUAUUUGCUGAAUAACUCCAUGCAGGUGAACCAGUGGGUCAUUCUAACCUUUAGUCAUUGCAGUAUUUUUAUAUACUAAAAAAAAAAUCAAUGCAGUUUCUCAUCAAAUUACAUUUCAGAGAAAAUAAAUUUAAUGACUAUACCAAAACUUAAUAAAACUCAUCUGUUUUUUUCGUGAUCGAUGUGUUUUUCUAGAACUGAGGGGUGGAGUGCUAAUUCAAGUUACUACAUUUUGGUUUAACUCGAAUACUGAUUCUCAAGUGAGAAAAUGGAAAACAAGUCACUGAAUGCUGUGUAGAACUGGCUGCUGUCUGGGAUCUGAGAAUAUCUGAAUGAUGCAAAUGAGUUUAUAUUCUCUCCAAGUUCACUGAUUCUGUUAUUAUGUCUAUGUAAUGGAAUGGUUGAAAUUUUAUCUCCCAUUCUGUCCAUUACUUUUCAUGCAUAUCUUGUACUUGAGCUCUGAGGGAGGUGCCUUGCAGGAGGAUGGUAGAGAACGUAGGUAAAUUCUUACUUUGUUGGGCACUUUGUACCACAGCAAAGCAUUACCAAGUCCAUAAGUGAGAACAAUAUGUGUUAAGUUCUGGCUUUCUCUGAUCCCACACUGUGUUGUGAGGGUUUUUGUCUAUUUAUCUGUUGAACCCAGAAGCUGUAGCCAUAGCAAGCUCUCUGAAAUGUCUUUGGAAUUUGAGACCACUCUCCUGAUUUUCUCUGGUUGUGAGAGGGUGAGAAUGUAUGUGGGAGGGAGAAGGAUCAUCACUUAACUGCAGAUAAUCAUGGAGGAACAAGUUUUUUUUUAAAUUUAAUUGUGCCAGUCAUUGUAUUUUUGUGAUCUUUUUCUUUUGUGUGGUUACUUCGAGUACCUGGUUUAAACAGUGUUUAAUAUUCACUGCAGUUUGAUUUCCCUGUAAAAGAGUGAAAGCUGCCACUGUGACCAAUGAAUACAAUAAAAUUCUAGUGUUUCACAAGAAUUGUUCACUGAUUUCAUUCGGGUUUGUUUUAAAACUUGCACACAGUCAGUUCUACACAUCUGAUCUGAAAUCACACCUGAACUCAAUGUGAUCUUAGAAUCUCUAAUGUGGAAACAGGCCCAACUGGUCCACACUGAAAGGAGAAAAUAUUGCAAAAGAGGGCGAGAGGGGGAAAAAAAAACUAUGAAUUUAAAGAUGGAAUGUAAGCUGUGAGGAGUUUUUGAGUUAAGUGAGUUGGCAGGUGGAGGAUGCUGAGAGAAAAUGUGAUUAUACUUAUUUUACAGAGAACUGUUGAUGUUUAAAGUAGUUUGUUCUGACACAAGUUAAGUGGUUAUGGGGCUGGAGGGCGUGAGGUUACAGGUAAAUUUUAAUGAAAAGGAGGAACCUAAGGUCAUCCAAAAAAUUUUUUUUGAAGAAAAAGACUGCACUUCCCUUGGAGCAGUUGAUAAAGUAGAGGGAAUGGAAUCUCUGUUUGGAGUGUCACAAGGACUAAAGACCUCUGAUUUGGUGACCAAGUUUUCCAUUUCUUGAAUAGCAGGCAAGUAGUGUGACUAGUAUAGAUGAGAAAUAAAAGGCCAAUCACUGGCUUCUCUUCCUGUGAUCUGCAGAGUUUGUUUGAGAAAUAGUUUAAACUAACCAUCUUGUAUUCAGGUGACGUUCUUAAAGCUUCAAUAAUCUUUAUUCUGGAAUGCAUUUACAUGAUUAAAGACAGUUAAU